CUUCCAUAAAAACUACCGGUAACUCGAGAGCCGUCUAGCCACCCAGCUGACAGUUGGACACUUGUAUUCUCCUCCAUUUUUCUGUGUAACAGAAGGACAUACAACCUUUUCCCCUUUUGAACGGUGUUCUCAGAUUCCGUUGGAGAUCUGGAUAUGAUUUCUAGUGUCACUCAAUCGGGCGCCGCUUGAGCCAGAGCAGACAGCGCGAGCGAGGAAUCGGUUAGUCGGGACGUCACUUGACGGACAGCAGUGCACGAUGUCGGGUGUGACGCUACAGAGCAGCUGUCUGCGGGGUCUGGCAGAUGGUGAUCUCAUGGACCCUGAGUUUCAGCAGCGUGUGGAGGAUGCAAUUGCCCUUCUCCGUCAGGAGAUCCAGCGGGAAUUGAAGAUCAAGGAGGCGGCUGAGAGACUGCGACGGGCAGUGACCAACCGCAAGAACGCAGCUGAUGUUGAUGGUCAGCUUAGAGCUUCCAGCCGCAAGCUGGAGCAGCUCCAUUGGGAGCUCCAGGAACUAAAUGCACGUGCUAUGGCCACACAGAAAGAGACUGUGACAGAUGAUGCCACCUCUCCAGACCCAUGCCACUGGGAAGAGGUCACAUCACCCCUGGGCAGUCAUGUCCGUACCUUGAAAAAGCAGCUUACCAUGGAGCUCAAAGUGAAACAAGGGGCUGAAAACAUCAUUCAUACUUAUGCUUACAGUUCUGUGAAGGAUCGGAAGAUGUUAUCCACAGCCCAGCAGAUGCUGCAGGAUAGCAAGACGAAAAUCGAGCUGCUCCGCAUGCAGAUUGUCAAAGUCACCCAGGCCAGAGAAGGAGAGCGAGAGACCGCACAGCCAGAGGGUCGCCCCUCUGAGACAAUAAGUCCCCUUGAGCUGCGGGUGGAGGAGCUUAGGCAUCAUUUAAGGAUCGAGGCAGCUGUGGCGGAAGGUGCGAAAAAUGUGGUCAAGCAGCUCGGCGUACGCAAAGUGCAGGACCGACGUGCACUUGGCGAAGCUCAGGCCCGUUUGCAGGAGUCCUCUCAGAAACUGGACUUGUUGCGCUUGUCCCUGGAGCAGAGGCUCGGAGAACUUUCACACGACCAUCCCAAGCGAGCUGCCAUUAAAGAGGAGCUGACAGUGGGGUCCUCGCCUGUCGUAGGGCUGCAAAGAGAUCGCCUGCGCUCUUCGUCUUCGGCAUCUUCUUCGCUCUUUAAACCGGCCAGCCUGACUGGGCGUUUGGAGGUCAGACUGAUGGGUUGUCAGGACCUGCUGGAGUCGGUACCGGGCCGCUGUCGGGUGAGCGGAAUGGCUUCGGCCCCUGGGAGUCCAUCUGAGUCCAAAUCGCUUCGGAUGAGGACCGGCCUCUCCACCCGCAGCACCAACGGCAAAACCCCUAAGACUGAUGAGCUCUCCUAUGAGAUCAGCGCCGUAUUAAAAGUGGAUAAUAAGAUAGUUGGUCGAACACAUUGGCGGCUGCUGAGUAAGGAGGCCUGGGAUCAGUGCUUCAGCAUCGAACUCGAGCGGUCUCGAGAGCUGGAGAUUGCGGUGUACUGGCGAGACUGGAGAUCCCUGUGUGCCGUGAAGUUCCUGCGUUUAGAAGAUUUCCUAGACAACCAGCGGCACGGCAUGUGCCUUUACUUGGAGCCACAGGGCACUUUGUUCACAGAGGUGAGAUUCAUCAACCCCGUCAUCGAGCGGCAUCCUAAACUACAGAGACAGAAACGAAUUUUCCCCAAAGAAAAAGGGAAGAAUUUUCUGCGGGCAGCUCAGAUGAAUAUGAACUUUGCCACGUGGGGACGUCUGAUGAUGAGCGUGCUACCCCCCUGCAACAGUAAUGUCACCGCUUUGAGCCCGCCGCUGCCCGGCUCUGAGCCCAUGUCCCCUCCAUCUGCAUCCACGCCUCCUUCUGGAGACUCAGCAGUGGUUAAACUCAACUUCAGUGAGGAGCGUCCUGCCAAGCCACCACGCAUCCACUUGCCCACCACUGACACAUCACUUUCUGCGACUCCUGCCAAAGGCAGCCUCUCAGAGGAUCACCAUGUUGUCAAAGGCAGGCCUGCUCCCCAGCCGACACCUCGGAGGAAAGAGGGGAUGCAGAUGGAGGAAUUUAACUGCAUUUCCGUUUUAGGAAGAGGGCACUUUGGAAAGGUCCUGCUGGCUGAGUUCAAGAGGACUGGCAAACUUUAUGCCAUCAAAGCCCUGAAGAAAGGAGAUGUGGUGACCCGGGAUGAAGUGGACAGUUUAAUGUGUGAAAAGCGAAUUUUCGAGACCAUCAACGUGUCUCGUCAUCCAUUCCUGGUGAACCUGUAUGGGUGCUUCCAGACACCUGACCAUGUGUGCUUCGUGAUGGAGUAUUCAUCUGGAGGAGACCUGAUGACCCACAUACAUAACAACAUCUUCUCUGAGCGACAGGCCAGGUUUUAUGCUGCUUGUGUAUUACUGGGCCUGGAGUUUCUGCAUCAGAACAAAAUUGUAUAUCGAGAUCUAAAGCUAGACAAUCUGUUGAUGGAUUCUGAUGGCUUUGUGAGAAUCGCAGAUUUUGGGCUUUGCAAAGAAGGUAUGGGACAUGGCGAUCGUACAUCAACCUUUUGUGGCACACCAGAGUUCUUGGCUCCAGAGGUUUUGACAGACAGCACCUACACCCGUGCUGUGGACUGGUGGGGUCUGGGCGUGCUUAUCUAUGAGAUGUUAGUGGGAGAGUCCCCAUUCCCUGGUGAUGAUGAAGAAGAGGUGUUUGACAGCAUCGUGAAUGAUGAAGUGCGCUACCCGAGAUUUCUUUCCCCUGAGUCAGUCUCCAUUAUCCAGAAGUUGCUGCAGAAGAACCCUGAAAGAAGAAUAGGGGCAGGAGAGCAAGAUGCUAAUGAAGUGAAGAGACACAGAUUCUUCCAGGGCAUAGACUGGGAGGCUUUAUUGGCCAAAAGAGUCAAACCUCCCUUCCUUCCGCCAAUUAAAAGCCCAGGAGACGUCAGUAACUUCGACGAAGAGUUCACACGCCUGAAGCCAGUCCUUACUCCUCCACAGACUCCGUUCUUCCUCACCGCUGAGCAGCAGGAGUUCUUCGCAGACUUUGACUUUUCCGCGCUGCACUGACUUCCGCUCGAUCACACUUGAAGGAGUCGUGCCAUAUCAAAUCUCAAUCUCGCCCCUCGUUCCUUCUCUAUCCAAUUUCCCUCCCUUCACUCUACAGUUAUGGAGUCAAGUCAAGUAAAGCUGGCUCCAUGUCACCCUUAAAAGGCUGCUGUGUGCUUUUCGUGUAACAUGGCUGCUGUUGUGUGCUUGAGCUCCAAAGACAGUCCAGAGACCAGCUGGUCUUUAAAAUGAAGGAAAACCGCACGACCGGAGCACUGCGACCGUCUCGGUAAACGAGAAGGUUCAGUCACCACUGUGAGUAAGCUCAGUUCUGCUAACAAGCUUUUAACUGCCCAUCGCUGUCCCUGUUUUCUGUGUUUUCAUAAGUACAGUUAAAUGUGCAAAAAGUUGUUUUUGCUUUUUUGGAACUUGUACUGUUUGUCGUCUGCGAUACUUUCUUUGUGAUGUUUAUAGUCAUCAGUUGUUUAUUUGUGGUUUGUCCAGCUGUUCAAAAGAAAGUCUUCCUGUUACACUGAACUUUAAUGCCAAAAUAUACUUGCACUGUUACUGAACAGAUGAAGAAUGCAUCAGGCUGAGAUCAAGCGGGGGACAAACUCUUCUAGCUCAGUUUUUAAGGAUUUCUGAUGUAGUGCUGAUCUGAGCAAUCAACGCAGCUGGAGAAUCGUAAGCUCCUUAAAUUCUACACUGCAACUAUCGGAGCGAACAUUUCUAUGCUUUGUGUAUGUCAUGUAUGUUCAUGUUAAACCAUCACAGUUUCAUGUGACUGAAAAUGUUCAUCUCUGGUUGUCCCUAAUCGGGAUUUGAUUUAGGAUUGGUGCCCCAGAUAAAUGUUGCUUGUCUCUUCCCAAAUCCAACACUUAAUUGUUCUUAAAAGAUGUCUUGGUCAGCUGCAAAUGGCAACUUGUCCUGUAUUUCUGUAUAUCUCCUCUGUACACAUGUACAUACGGUUCAAGACCAAUUGAAUUAGGCUAAUCAUAUUCUUGGCAUGAUACAGUUAGCACUUUGACUUGCUAAGAUAAACAUAAUGGUAAUCAUGAAUACUAGGUGAUUCAGAGCUGUAUAUUCAAGUUGUUCAUUCUUUAAUGUUUGUCUGUAUUUUCUUUUGACUACAUCAGACCAUCAUUGAUUCACUGAGUAUGUCAAUGUGGUUUACUGCUGGUAAGUUACACUGUGAACAAAAAUGACACUAAAAUAUUUAAAUAAACUUGCCAUUUCUAUGAAUUGUAUGAAGGACAAAAUAAAUAUAAGUCAAUGUAAAUGAAGGUUAUGAAUG